GGGAGAGAGAGACCGAGAGAGAGACAGCUAAAGGCAGCCAGCCAGUCAGUCAGUCCGCAUGGCUAUGCGCUGGUAGGGAGGCAUGACAAACCGGAGCUCUGUAGCAUGGACGAGUCGAGCAUUCUGAGGAGACGAGGGCUACAGAAGGAGCUGAGUCUUCCAAGAAGAGGAAGUUUCUGCAGGACGAGCAACAGAAAAAGCCUGAUAGGAAGUGGGCAGUCUUCGGUGCUUCCGCGACCUCACUCCCCCCUCUCAUCGCAUACAGGAACGAGUCCUCAAGACAGCCCCAGAAACUUCUCUCCUAGUGCCUCAGCCCACUUCUCCUUUGCACGAAGGACUGAUGGACGACGCUGGUCUUUGGCAUCUCUGCCCUCCUCUGGCUAUGGCACCAAUACACCAAGCUCCACUGUCUCUUCGUCCUGUUCAUCACAGGAGAAGCUUCACCAACUGCCCUUCCAGCCCACGCCGGACGAGCUGCACUUCCUCUCCAAGCACUUCUGCACCGAGAGCAUCGCCGGGGAUGACCGACGGAGGGGGACCGCGCCCAUGCGACCCCGCUCGCGCAGUCUCAGCCCUGGAAGAUCCCCUUCCUGUUGUGAUCAUGAGAUUAUUAUGAUGAACCAUGUCUACAAGGAACGCUUUCCUAAGGCCACAGCCCAGAUGGAGGAGAGGAUCCAGGAGAUCAUCCGGACCUGCUCCCCGGAGAGCGUGUUGCCGCUGGCGGACGGUGUGCUGGGGUUCGCCCACCACCAGAUCAUCGAGCUGGUCCGCGACUGCCUGGAGAAGAGCCGCCUGGGCCAUAUCACCUCACGCUACUUCUGUGAGCUCACCGACAAGCUGGAGAGGCUCUUCCAGGAGUCCACAUCCCGGUCGGAGAGCCAGGAGGUGAACUUCAUCAAAGAGCUGGUAAAGAAGAUCCUCAUUGUCAUCGCCAGGCCUGCGCGCCUCCUGGAAUGCCUGGAGUUUGAUCCAGAGGAGUUCUACCAUCUGUUGGAGGCUGCCGAGGGUCACGCCAAAGAAGGCCAGGGCAUCAAGACUGACAUCCCCCGCUACAUCAUCAGCCAGCUGGGCCUCACACGGGACCCACUGGAAGAAAUUGCUCAGAUGACCAGUUAUGACAGUGGGAUAGCUGAAACGCCAGAGACAGAUGACUCUUCCCAGAGUCUGAGCGCGGCCCUACGAGCCCGACGAAAGCCCUGCGAGAUGGACUUUGAGAUGACCAAACUCAUCAGCAACGGAGCCUACGGGGCUGUGUAUCUGGUGCGCCACAAGGAGACCAAGCAGCGUUUCGCCAUGAAGAAGAUCAACAAACAGAACCUGAUGCUGAGGAACCAGAUCCAGCAGGCCUUCGUGGAGAGAGACAUCCUGACCUUCGCUGAGAACCCCUUUGUGGUCUCCAUGUACUGCUCCUUCCAGACGCGACGACACCUCUGCAUGGUCAUGGAGUAUGUGGAAGGAGGUGACUGUGCCAACCUGCUGAAGAACAUGGGCCCCCUGCCUGUGGACAUGGCCAGGAUGUACUUUGCUGAGACUGUCCUGGCUCUGGAGUACCUUCACAACUAUGGCAUCGUCCACAGGGACCUCAAACCAGACAAUCUGCUGGUGACCUCCAUGGGCCACAUCAAGUUGACAGACUUUGGGCUGUCCAAGGUGGGCCUGAUGAACAUGACCACUAACCUGUAUGAGGGACACAUAGAGAAGGAUGCCCGAGAGUUCUCUGAUAAACAGGUGUGUGGGACCCCAGAGUACAUUGCUCCAGAGGUGAUCCUGAGACAGGGCUAUGGGAAGCCAGUGGACUGGUGGGCUAUGGGCAUCAUCCUCUAUGAGUUCCUGGUGGGCUGCGUACCCUUCUUUGGAGACACACCAGAAGAACUGUUCGGGCAGGUCAUCAGCGAUGAGAUCACCUGGCCGGAAGGAGAGGACGCUCCCCCUGCCGACUCCCAGGAACUGAUCACCCUGUUACUCAGACAGAACCCUCUGGAGAGGAUGGGCACAGGUGGUGCUUAUGAGGUGAAGCACCACCAGUUCUUCCACACUCUGGACUGGGACAGUCUGCUCAGACAGAAGGCUGAGUUCAUCCCUCAGCUGGAGUCAGAGGACGACACCAGCUACUUCGACACUCGAUCAGAUAGGUACCAUCACCUGGAGACGGAGGAAGAGGAGGAUACGAAUGAUGAAGACUUCAACGUGGAGCUACAACAGUUCUCCUCCUGCUCUCACAGAUUCUCCAAGGUGUACAGCAGCUUGGACCUGUCCCGUGGCCAGCUGGAGGAGAAGGGUGAGAUGGAGGAGAAGAAGAAUGAGAGCCCUCUGACUGUAGACUCUCUGAGCUGGACCCCAGAGUUCACUGAAAUGCACUCCCUGUCCCGAUCCUCGGACACAGAGAGCACUAGCAUGGGCCUUCGCCCCCCCCGCCUUCUCCCCAAGUUCGCUAUCUCUGCCGAGGCAGAGGACGGAGUUGAGGAGUCCAUGGUCCUGGGGGACCCCAGCAAGGUGGCCUUCUCCAUCGGAGAGGACGAGGUUGACGCAACCACCCCCGGGAGCACCCACAGCGGGGCUACUCUCUCUGGUAGUUUCUCGGAGCACCUGGACCUGCUUCCUUCCAGGGGUGAGGGCGUAGACAGCCCUGACUCCUCCUCCAAGACUCCCAUGGACCUGGGAGGGAAGCAUGGCGUCCUGCAGCCCGAUGGACAUGGGGAUAAGCAUGGUGGUGUUGCCAAAGUCCCCAAGUCUGUCUCAGCAAGUGCCCUCUCCCUCAUGAUCCCUGGAGAUAUCUUCGGGGUGUCCCCUCUGGCCAGCCCCAUAUCCCCCUACUCCCUCUCCUCGGACCCCUCCUCUCGUGACUCUUCCCCCAGCCGAGACUCCUCCCUCUGCGUCAUCUGCCCUCGGCAGCCAAUCAUCAUCCACAGCUCGGGGAAGAAGUUUGGCUUUACGAUGCGGGCUAUCCCGGUGUACGCCUGCGACCGUGAUGUCUACACUGUCUACCACACGGUCUUGAAUGUGGAGGAACCGGGUCCGGCCCACAAGGCUGGGCUGAAAGCUGGUGACCUCAUCACUCAUGUGAAUGGCGAGCCGGUCCACGGCCUGGUCCACACCGAGGUGGUGGAACUGCUGCUCAAGAGUGGAAGUAAGGUGGCAAUCUCCACCACUCCAUUUGAGAACACCUCCAUCAAAACAGGGCCUGCCAGGAGGAACAACUGCAGGAGCAAGAUGAUCCGACGCACCAAGAAGCCCAAGAAGGAGAAGACACAAGAAAGGCGGCGGUCUGUGUUCAGGCGUUUUGCCAUGCAGCCCUCCCCUCUGCUGCAGACCAGCCGUAGUUUCUCCUCUCUCAACCGCUCCCUGUCCUCUGGGGAGAGUCUCCCAGGGUCCCCUACCCACAGCCUGUCCCCCCGCUCCCCCACCGCAGCCUUCCGACCCACCCCUGACUUCAACCAGUCAGGUGGCAACUCCUCUCAGAGUAGCUCCCCGAGCUCCAGCGCUCCAAACUCCCCCGCAGGCUCCGGCCACAUCCGUCCCUGCACCCUCCACGGCCUGGGCCCCAAACUGACUGGCCAGAGGCUCCGACAGGGCCGUCGCAAAUCCGCCGGCAGCAUUCCCCUCUCCCCGCUGGCCCGCACCCCAUCCCCGACCCCCCAGCCCACCUCCCCGCCUGGCUCACCCUCUCCUUUACUCAGCCAUGGGUCCAUGGGGAUCUCCAAGACCACCCAGGCCUUCCCAGUCAAGAUGCACUCACCCCCCACCAUUGUCCGCCACAUGGUACGGCCCAAGAGCGCGGAACCGCCCCGCUCUCCGCUCCUCCAGCGGGUGCAGUCAGAGGAGAAGCUGUCACCCUCCUACACGGGCGACAAGAAGCACCUGUGUUCCAGGAAGCACAGCCUGGAGGUGACCCAGGAAGAGGCCCUGGGAGAGGAGGUGCGGCCUGGAGACAUGGACCACCACACCCUGCAGAGUGUGGAGGAGACGCCCUGCGAGCCUCCGGCCAUCACCCGGGUCCGGCCGGCUGAGCAGGGCUGCCUCAAGAGACCCGCUGGUCGCAAGAUGGGUCGGCAGGAGUCUAUGGAGGAGCUGGACAAGGAGAAACUGAAAGCCAAGGGGGUGAUGAAGAAACAGGACUGGUCAGAGAGGCGAGAAUCCCUGCAGAAGCAGGACGCUCUACAGGAGUCUGAUACAUCUGGUGCAGAAGGAGGAAGAAGCCAGGGCAGAAGCCAAGGCUCAGAGACAGUCUCACUGGAAGGCAAAGCUGCCGGCUCCACCCUAAAAGAUGUCCUGUAUAAGAAGCUGAACACGCGCGCCUGUGAGGGCACCCCCGAACAACUAGGGGGCAAUAGCGCUGACUCGCCUCUGUGCUCUGUCCAUCCUGACUGGAGCCCCCAGAAGGCUGAGUGGCAGCUGUCCAGGCAGAGCAAAGAUGGCGGUAAGCCAGACAGGCUUGACUUCAAGGCCCCCAACAUGGAAUUUGCCCGGAAGAGGCAGUCGUUCGAGGAGCGAGAAGAUGGCAUGUGUCGACUCUCUCCCGGCAUUCAUGAGAGCCUCCAUUUUGGCUCCAUCCGGUCCAAGAGUCUCCAGCUGGACUCAGCGCUGGCUCUAGACCACAUCAAAGGUACCAUGGGCAGCGUCCACUCCAGCCCUGAGGGCCUGAACCCAAAGAUGUUCUCUGGGAGGGGGGAGGGAAGCGCUGUGGAGAAACUCCAGCUCAUCUCCUCCAAUGAAGGCUCCCUCAGGAAGACCUCCUCGGAGUACAAGCUGGAGGGGCGUCUGGUCUCCUCCCUCAAACCCCUGGAGGGCACCCUGGACAUUGGCCUGCUCUCCGGGCCAAGGGUGUCUAAAACAGACACCUGCCUCUCCAAGAUGGCCGACAGUGAUGGCGGCUCAAUAGGGAUGCCCACGUGGCUGCAAAGCCCAGUUGAGCGGCAGGUGUUGAUUCCCUUGCUCAAACCCUCUGACAAGCAGAAGAGCCCCCCCACCAGUAUACUAAGCCCUGGAGCUGUUGUGGUCCUCAGCAGUCCAGUUCCCGCCAAAGAAGAGGCUAGUAUUUCCAACACUGGGCUUAAAUGCAGUAGCAGAGGUGAGAAGCCACACAACAGACCUAGUCACAGUGAACCCCCAACGGCUCCCUCCAAGGCAGAGGUCUCCGACUUUGGUGGGAAACAAGAGAGCAGGUCCAGUAUGAUAGCUCACGAUCAUAGGACAUCCCGCCACAGCGCCCACUUCUCCCACUGUGGGAAGACGCCCUCCAUACGGGAGGUCAGCAAUGAAGACCAGGAGGAGGAGGUGGAGCCACCUCAAGAGACCUCAGCUCCCGCACAGCAAAUCAACAUGGACAUCUCCAAGACAUCCAAUACAGUUAUCGCCGCAAAGCUAGGGAGUCCCAAAAAGACUACAGCAUCUGUCCCUGCCUCAAAGGUGGAGGUUCAAACAACUGCCUCUAAUGUAGCUGUACCAGUGAGGCAAAGUUCAGAUUGUCAGACAGGGCCUAGUUACCUGCAGAGCAUUGAGAAACAAGGACUAGCUGAGAAUACAGGUAGUAUCACUACAUUUGUACAAUAUAUUUUAGAGCAGACUCCAUACCUGUCAAAGCAGCAGAUGGUAUACAGCAGUCCCUCGACAGAGACCACAACACAAACGUCCAUCCUUGCGCCAAUCUCUAGUCUUGGAGGUAUGAACCUAACCAGUGGUCAAGCGUCUCAAAGACGGCACAGCACGGAGAAAACCCAAAAUCCGGACAAGGUUCAAAGCAACAGGCCAGUUCCAAACAAUGCCAAUGAACCUGCCAGUGUGUCUGCUGUUGAGGAGCUCAAAACUGCAAAUGCAGGAAGAGAUAAAAUGACCGAAGUCAGAGAGACAAGUCCUAAAGUGGAUGUAAAAUGUGGCUUGUCUAAAUACAUUUUGGACAAUGCAACUGCUAAAACAGAAGCAACACAGACGUGUGAUCAAAGAAAAUAUGCUUGUACCAUUAGCAGUCAUGUAGCGAUUAGUAGUGUAGCAAAGCAAAGUAGAGAAGAUCCCACUUCACCAAAGAUGAAGGGUAGCAAUGCAAAUACUGGAGAGCGAGAGCAGUCAUCUUUAACUAAUCGAUCUGCUGAGAAGGCUUGGGUCAAAGGGGCUCUUGAGGCAGAAAUACCAGUCUCUAAAAAGCAAACUGUUGAUGUAAAUAUCAAAGAGACAAGUCCUGUGCGGACAGUGAAACCGUCACCACCAAGUCCCGCUUCAACAAAACAAAUGAUUUUCAAUCCCAAAACUAAGCCAAGAUCUGACUCACCACUUGCUUCACAAACUGUUGGGAAGACAGAGGAGGAGAGGGGGAGGUAUGAAGCGAAAACUCCUGCCACAGCCCCAGUUGUCAAAGUAAGCCUGGAUUCAAAACUGCGAGAGUCAUCUCAGAAAACCCCAGUCUCAAUGGUCAAAGAAAUCCCAGACUCAAAGCAGAAAGAACCCCUACACAAAACCUCAGUCCAAAGCCAUGUCAAAGAAAGUUCAGACUCCAAACUAAAGGAAUCUUUGUCACAAACUCCUGCCCCAACUCCAGUUGUCAGACAAACCUCUGCUGACCCAAAAAAGAAACAGAAAGAACCAGAACCCCACACCUUUGCCCCAACCCCAGCCCAAUUCAUCAAAGAUAACCUGGACUCAAAACAGAAAUCACCCCCUCAGAAAACCUCUAUCUCAACCUCAAUCAACUCAAAACAAAAGGAAAUCACUACUUCAACAGUUGUCAGACAAAUCAUAGACUCAAAACAGAAAUCACCCCCUCACAAAACCCUUGCCCCAACCGCAACCCCUGUCAUGAAAGAGCCAGCACCUGUCUUUGCUGCAACCCGACAAAGCCAGAAAGAGCCUCCGACCUGGGCCAGUGCUCCCUCCCAGUCCACCCCUGUACCAGUGCUGCUAGCCCCAGCAGUGAGAAGAGAAGCACACCUACCCAACGGUGGAGCUCUCUCAAGCAGGGCCAGCGGCAGUACUGGACAGGAGGCUGUGGUCCAGACCUCCAGGGAGGACCAGGGGAAGCCGAGGGUAGAGGCCCCCAGGUCAGAAGGCCUUAGGUUGGACUCUCAUAGGGGCCUGGGUGGGGUGGAUGCCACAGGGCCAGCAGCCACCACCCCCAGCAACAGCACCCCCCAGGCCAAACACAGCACAGCUGAACCCAGGGUCACUAACUCUGACAAACAGGUAGCCACCAGCCGAAAAGAACAGGCUGACAAGAAGAAAGGGGAAUCUGCUCAAGAGGUAGCGUCUGCACAGAAAAACACCAAGAGAGAGACUUCAAGAGUGGCUGCUGCAGGAAAAGAUGGCACAGGUUCAGACAAAGACUCGGCUCGACACAAGCAAACCAAGGAGUUGCCACGUGGCCCCGCAAACAGAAAGUAAAUGCGGGAUUAAAAAAACAAGACGGCAGCCACCUUUGCUUUUGCGAUAUAUCUGAAAUAAGACAUUUUUGUUUUUGUUAGUAGUGUCGUCAUGCCUUAUUUUUUUGAGAACCGGGGAAGCUGUUACUUCAGUGUUUAUAUUGCGUGAGAGAGAUUUGUGUGUGUUAUUCUGAGUGUAUGUGGUGGUGAAUGCAAAUGCUUGGUCGAUACCAUAAAUGUCUAACGUUUUUGGACUGAAUGUAGACUGAUUUGCUGCUCAUUUGUGGUUCUCUGCUGUGUGUAAAAAAAGUGUCAUUUGUAUCCUGAGAUUGUUUGGAGUUUUUAUUUUUAAUCGACAGCAGAGUGCAAUGUGCAAUCAACAUGUCAGGGGGCAGUAUGGAGUAGCCUUUUCCAAGGUUGAAUUGAAUUGCACUGGGUUUAGAGUUCUGGGUUUAGAGCACCUGACAUUGAAGGUAACAGACUUUCGAUGCGUGUAGACUGAACUAUGUCCAUUUCACUCCCACUCAAAGAGCUGUGUGAGUUGAAAACACAGUAGUCAUGGCACAUCAUCGAAUCAACCAUUUAAGAGGUGUGACAUUGAUGCAGAUCAUUCACUGGCACUCGUCAUACAGAAGUCAAAUAUCACCAAAAGUUUGUUUAGAUACUUUAUCUUAUGUCGCUUUUCCUUUAUUUUUAUUACCUAGAGGGGAAGUGUGCUUUUUUGGUUUUCGGUAGCGGUGCACAGAAGAAACGCACUAUGUUCUGUUCUUCUCACCUAUAACUAUUUAAUAUGGAAUCAUCUUACGGUUCUGGAAUCAUAUUUAGUUGAAGGGGCCUUAGGGUUAAGGGGAAUAAAAAACACUUGCUGUUCUUAGCAGGUUAUGUUGUAAUUCACAUUCCUUUCACAUACAUCUCUACAUUUCUUAACCUUUGAUUUUUAUGCAAUAUCUUGUAAAUAAUUAUGACAAAACUAACUGUAAAAAUUGGGAUACAUGGGUUUAAGUAAAUAUAAGUGUUUGUUUUUUAUAUGUAUAUAUUUUGCAAUGUCAUGUUUGUAUACUCAGUGAUAUGUCAUUUCAGAAUCAUGUUCUGCUUGAUAAUUCUAUGGUCUAGAAUAAGCUAACGUAAUGUCUAUCUAUACCUAUCCAAAAGACAUCCUCUCUCUAACAUAGUAGUUUUAACACUUCUGAUAUGUUCUGAAUUUUACUUGAAAAGAAAUAAAGCAUAAAUGGGCAAUUGUGCUUUUCCUCAAACAUGUAGUGUUGAAAAUAAACAAAUAAAAAAAAACUGUGAGUGGAAAGUGGUUCCCAAGAAUGCGUUCAAUCUCGAUAUUGCCAUAAUGAUGUAUGUAGAAUUGUAAUAAACUGGAAUAUUUCACUGAGCCCAAUAAAUUUGAAUAUUUCACUGAGAAAA